GGCCGAUGUCCAUGAGAAAAAACAUUUCAAUGAAAAUAAAUCUUUCGAAGCAUCGACUGUGCUGUUUUGUCCAAAUCAAUUUUAAGUUAUACGUAUUGGUUGCCUACAUAAUAAUAGAUAUACAAAAAAUCGUACCCGCUUUCAAAUUGAUUGUACAUAUAAGUAAAAGCAACGUGCCAACCAUUAUUACAAUUUACAUACAUACAUACAUAUGUAUGUAAACCAAAGAGUUUAAACAAGAAUUACCAGAACACAUGCGUUUCAAAGGCGAUAGGUCGAGGAUGCAUGCUUCAAUUACGUCAACGAACGCACUUGUAGAAUAUUCUGACGUGAGCUCUGAAGAUUUUUCUGAUCCUGAAACGGGAGAAAUUCAAUCGGAUAUUACGUUAACUAGAAGUGUUGGUAGCAGGAAUAUAUUUGCAUUAAAUAGCAAUCCAGAGCAGAGGUUGGAAACCAAUCUGCGUGCUAACAAGUCCAUCCGUCAUGGUCAUAAUCCGACAGAGAAAGCUACUGGUCACGAUCAGGAUGACUUCAGACAAAAACGAAAAGUCGAAGACGCGGUUGGAUCUAGAAAAGUCGAAUUGGCUGCAAGCAGUACUCGAAUUAGCAUUGAAAAAUCGUUUAAUAUUGGUGAUGUGAGUAGCAUUAUUGCAACUGAUGGGAUGAAUCAAAGGAGUGAAAUCAUAAAAACAAAGUCUUUGAAGGAAGGCUUACAUUGGGAUCGUACUCUGUAUACGUCUAGCGAUUCCAUUGAUACUGAUGAGCUGGAAGCAGAAAUGAAACGGCAAAAACGGAAAAAAUUAAAAAAGGACAAGCAUAAACAUAAAUCAAAAAAAAAAUCAAAGAAACGCAAGAAAAAGAGAGCUAAAUCAUAUUCGACUAUUGAAUCAAUGUCGGAUAACGACAUAACAUCGAUUUUAGACCGACGGUAUACUCCACCGACCGCACCAAAAACUAACACUGACCGAAAUGCUUCUGCGGCGGCUUCACACAUGCCUCGUAAAGAAAACAGUCCCAUACCGGCAGCAACUUCCCCAUCUCGACGUAUUAAUAGUAAUAACACUUGUUACGAAGGCAUACCAGCAGGAAAUGCUGCACUUGGGGGCAACUUGCAGGUUACAGUAUCGAACAAUAUGAACAAUCGACAUCUGUCGCCGAUUCGUACUGGUGCUGCUUCACGUUUUAACACAUCCCCACGUACACCUCCCCAACCAUUGUAUGUGCCAGGCGGCACAGCUGCAGCUGCACGUGACAUACGAACCGCUCGGUAUGCACACAGCCCUCUCAAAGAUGGUUUAGCUCCCCAUCAAAGUUCUACUCAUGUAUCAGCUUCUCACGGUUAUCAUCAUAGUUAUUCAGUACCAGGAUCAAGCAACAUUGAAAGUAGAAAGCUUAAGCAUAUAUCACCGGAUCGAUACCACCAUCAACCGACUACGCCACCACACAAACGAAGAAAGUUCUUCGAUAAAAGAACCCCGCACUCUGUGGCCUAUGAUCACGAAAGGCACCACAAAUCAAAAUAUGAGCGCUACGUCAGAGAUCGGUAUCCACGUCGAGCUUCCAGAAGUCCUAGUUUGCAUCACUCCCGCAAUCGACAAUCACCCCCAAGUAGCCUUCCGUCCUGCAGCACUAAUUCAAACGUUUACCGGCACAGUAGUAGCUAUAAAUAUAAAUACAAUAUACCUCAUUCCCCAUCACCUAUUCAACGGAGAUCUUCCAAACGAUUAUCUGGUACAUCAAUUGAGAGAUUUUCACGCUCACCGCGGCCGACUACACGCUAUGAUUCGUCGCCACCCUCACAAAGUAGUGUCUCGGCCUCACAUCACCACCGCCGUACUCCAAAGACUAGUCAACGUACUUGGAGCCGAAAGCGCUCGCGAAGUUCUGCCAGUAGUCACAGCUCAGCUUCGCGUUCAAGAUCUCCGACUACCCGCCAGAUUAAGCACAAACGGGAUGAAUAUAUUAAAAAAAUAAGCGAGACUAGUCUUUUUGCUGAGCUUGUAAAAGAUCGUCAUAAACGACAAAAGGCAUUAAAAGAGAUUAUUGAACGCCAAGAAGAAAAUAGCAAUAGCAAUGGCGCACUGGCUGUUAAUGAAAAUAGUUCAUCGGUUGACUGUAAUACACCUCAUGUAAUAGAAGGACGAUCAAACAUCAUUACCGGUUUCUUGGCAGCAACUUCUUCGAUUAAAACUUCAAACGGUGUGUGUAGCAAGUCAGAUGUAGAUGUCAACAACAUUCCUAUGCCGAACAAAGAAAACGUGAAAAAAACUGAUUUGGGACCAACUGGAGAAAUCGAGUGUUUAACUGCGACGCCCGUGAACACCUUAAAAAGCACAGCAUCAUUAUGCAAGAUUACCCAAAAGACAAAGAGCUUAACAGCGCUACCUCUGCCACCAGGGAUGAAUGUUGCAGAUCUCGUCAAUGCACGCACGCCUUCACCACCUGAUACAAUUAAAAAUUUGCCACCGAAACCAAAAAUUUCGGAAGAAAAGAACGUUAGCACAAAUACGAACAAGAGCCUCCUCAACCUUCCAAUGCCACCAAUGAUACCAGGUAGCGAAGAGUUAAGUGGUGAUGAUGACGUUAUUGACAGCCCCGAAAACUUCGAUGAACUAAGAACCGAAAGCACUAAGAUUAGUGCGCAGAGCACUGGGCGCCGGCGUCCAGUGAUACUAAAUAGACGGGAUUCCCGCAACAAUGUACGUGAUUGGGGUGAGCGAUGUGUUGAUGUGUUCGAGGUAAUCGCACAGAUUGGUGAAGGUACCUAUGGUCAGGUAUACAAGGCUCGAGAUUAUCAUACAAACGAUAUGGUGGCUUUAAAAAAAGUUCGUCUUGAACAUGAAAAGGAGGGCUUUCCAAUUACGGCUGUGCGCGAGAUAAAAAUACUAAGACAGCUUAAUCACCGAAACAUAGUAAAUUUACACGAGAUUGUAACGGACAAGCAGGAUGCGGUAGAGUUUCGUAAAGACAAAGGAUCUUUCUAUCUAGUAUUUGAGUACAUGGAUCAUGAUUUAAUGGGACUUCUCGAAUCUGGCAUGGUGGAUUUUAAUGAAGAAAAUAAUGCAAGCAUUAUGAAACAGCUUUUAAAUGGACUUAACUAUUGCCAUAAAAAGAAUUUUUUGCACCGAGAUAUCAAAUGCUCAAAUAUUCUUAUGAACAAUAAAGGCCAAGUAAAAUUAGCCGAUUUCGGUUUGGCACGUUUAUACAACGCCGAUGACCGAGAACGACCUUACACCAACAAAGUAAUAACUUUGUGGUAUCGCCCACCGGAACUGCUUUUAGGGGAGGAACGUUACGGUCCUUCUAUAGAUGUAUGGUCAUGUGGUUGCAUUUUGGGAGAGUUGUUUGUAAAGCGUCCACUGUUUCAAGCCAAUGCAGAAAUGGCGCAGUUAGAAAUCAUAUCCAAGAUUUGCGGUACGCCAAUUCCGGCGGUGUGGCCGAACGUCAUAAAACUGCCGUUAUUUCAUACACUAAAGUUAAAAAAAACUCACCGUCGACGUCUGCGAGAAGAUUUUGAAUUUAUGCCAACAACUGCUCUUGAUCUACUUGACAAAAUGCUGGAACUAGAUCCGGAUAAGCGCAUCACAGCAGAAGAUGCGCUUACAUCACCGUGGCUCAAAAAUAUUAAUCCUGAUGAAAUGCCUACACCUCAGUUACCCACAUGGCAGGAUUGUCAUGAGCUGUGGAGCAAAAAACGUCGCCGCCAACUUCGUGAACAGCAAGAGUUUUUACCGUCGGCUAUGAUAACAUCGACGAAGCACCAGCAACAUAGCGCUAUAACCGGGGGAGACGCUUAGCAUUUAUCAUAAAAUCCAUGCAUUCAUGCUUGGGCAUGUAAACAACGUGCCUGGUAAAACACUUAUAAGAGUAAGAGUAAGAAACAGUUGUUAAUAAGAGAUCAGGGCGAAAUGGUCUAAGUAAUUCAUGUAA